UAUCAGCUAGAAAUGAUGAUGAUGAACAUUCUUUUUUCUUGUUUAGUUGAAUUGAUUUUUUGUUAAAAUAAAAAUUUCCGAUAGAAAAUCAGCUUUUACUGAGAAAAUUCGGUCCUUUCUUCAAUCACAAUUUGUAACAAAUUUCAUGGAAAUUUUUCUAUUUCAGUAGAUGAUGGAUUUUUUUUUUUUUUUUUUUGGUUAUAACAAUAAUCGGAUUAAAUUGUUGUUGGUAAUUUACUGUGAUUUUUUGGAUUAAAUCAGAAAAAAAACCAAAUUAUCGAAGACACGUCAACCGAUUUUUGUUAUUCGGUAACUGUGUUUGUGAGCGGACAAAUCAUGUGUUCAUGUCAAAUAUUUUGGCUGGCUCACUGUUUUUAUUGAAUAGAAAAUUUUCCAUCGUUAAAAUUUAAAUUGUGAAUUUUUUUUUGGCCAAAAUAAGGCAGAAGAAUGGAUUUUCAACAUCGACCUGGCGCUAAAACUGGCGGUGGUGGUGUGGCAUCAUGGUCCGAGACAAAUCGUGAUCGUCGUGAACGUUUACGACAAUUGGCAUUGGAAACAAUCGAUUUGGCUAAAGAUCCAUAUUUUAUGAAAAAUCAUCUUGGUUCCUAUGAAUGCAAACUUUGUCUAACAUUACACAAUAAUGAAGGUUCAUAUCUGGCUCAUACCCAGGGUAAAAAACAUCAAUCAAAUCUGGCAAGACGUGCUGCAAAAGAUGCCAAAGAUGCACCUCAACCAAUGUUGUCUAAAUCUCGAAUUGAUAUUCGAAAAUUUGUCAAAAUUGGUCGUCCAGGUUAUCGUGUAACGAAACAAUUUGACCAAGAGAAUCAACAACAAUCGCUUUUGUUUCAGAUUGAUUAUCCAGAAAUUUCCGAAAAUAUUGCGCCAAGACAUCGAUUCAUGUCUGCAUAUGAACAGAAAAUUGAACCACCAGAUCGUCAUUGGCAAUAUUUAUUGUUCGCCGCUGAACCAUAUGAAACAAUCGGUUUCAAAAUACCAUCAAGAGAAGUGGAUAAAGCUGAAGGAAAAUUCUGGACAUUAUGGAAUCGUGAAUCGAAACAAUUUUUUCUACAAUUUGCAUUCAAAGUUGAAUCAAAAGGUUCGUCCUUGAUACAUCAGAAUAAUAUAUUGCCAUCAUCAUCAUCAUCAUCCACAUCAACAUCAUCUACAACGACAUCGACAGCAACAAUAAAAUCGACUGUGGCAGGUAAUCAAUCUUCAAACAAUACCACCAUUGAAUCGCCAUCAACCACAACAUCAGCCGCAUCUGCAGCGGCAACAGCAGCGGGAGAAAUUCCAAAAAAUAAUAAUGAUAAUCAAAAUGGCGAUUAGUGUAAAAAAAAAAUUAGCAUUGCAAAUUUCAAUUAUGUAAUCAGCUUUUUUUUCUGGCCAAUUGGUACAUUGAACCACAUUCAAUAAAGUAUUGUCCAUCACCAUCAUUAUUUUAAUAAAUAUUUGAUUGUCAUUUUCGUGAAUUAAUAAAGAAAAUUCCUAUUGAAUAGAA